AUGUUAAAACAAUCUGUUCUUUCUUUCUUUUUUCUUCCUUCUUUUUCCUUUCUUUUUUCUUUUUCUUUUUCUUUCAUUUUUAAAACACCCUUUUUUUUCUUCGAUCCUUACCCUUUUUUCUCUAUUCUAUUCUUUUCUUUCUUUUUCUUUUCUUAUACAUGUUACUUCCUUCCUUUUUUUCUUUCUUUCUUUUCUUUUCGUUUCUUUCUUUUCUUUUCCUUUUUUUUUUCUUUCCCUUAUACAUGUUACUAUCCCUCCUUUUUUUUCCUUUUUUUCUUUCUUUUUCUUUUCUUUCUUUCUUCCUUUCUUUCUUCCUUUUCUUUCUUUCUUUUCUUUUCUUUCUAUAUCCUUAUACAUGUUACUAUCCUCCUUAAAAACAAUUCUUUUUCUUUUUCUUUUCUUCUUCUUUCCUUUCUUUUUUCUUUUUCUUUCCUUUUGUUCUUUCUUUCUUCGGCAAACACAUGUUACUAUCCUCUCCCUUUAGGAAACAAUAUGAUUUAUUAUCGUCUUUUCAUCUUUCUUUCGAUCCUUUCUUCUUUUCUCGCUUAUACAAUGAUUCCUUCUUUCCCUCUUUCUUUAAACACCCUUUCUUUUUUUUCAAUCUUUUCUCUCAUCUUUUACUAUCCUAUUCUUAUUCAUUCCCUUCUUUUUUCAUUGAUUCCUUUCUUGUACUUCAUUUCUUUUAUUUAUUCAUUUUUAUUUUUUCUGUCUACUUACAAUUCUAUACUCUCUUUUCCUUUCUUUUCUUUUUUCUCCUUUAUUCUUCUUUUUCUUUCCUUUAUUCUUCCUUUUUUAUACCAGUUUCUGUCCCUCUUUCUUUACACAACCCUUUCUUUUCUUUCUUUUCUUCUUUCUUUUUCUUUCAACGCUUAUACAUCCGUUUCCUCCUCUCCUUUAAAACAAUUCCCUUAUUUCUUUCUUUUCUUUUCUUCUUCUUUCGUUCUUUCUUUUCUUUUCUUUUUCUUUCUUUUUCUUUCACGCUUAUACCCUGUUACUAUCCUCUCCUUUAAAAAACAAUUUUCUUUUCUUUCUUCGUUCUUUCUUUUCUUCUUUCUUUCUUUUUUCUUUUUUCACGCUUAUAAUGUUGUUAUCCCUCCUAAAACAAUUUUUCUUUCUUUUUUUUCUUUUCUUUUUUUCUUUCUUUUCUUUUUCUUUCUUUCUUUCUUUCUUUCUAUGCUUAUACUGUUGCUAUCCUCUUCCUAA